AAAAAAACGAGAAGGUCGUGAGAGGUGUGGGAUUCGUCAAAAAGGUCUUGUCAGAAUCCAAACGGCAUAUAUGGUUUAAAGGGGAGCUCUCGAUUCCUCCCUUCUUCCUCCUCUUGCUUCUCGCCGGAUCUUCUGGAAUCUGCUUCCCUCGCUUUCAUGGGUCUCUGAUUCCGUGUUUCAGAGGAAGAGGCAUAUAUAUAUGAUUGGUCUAAUUCAGAAUUUCCGGCGAUUUGGUGGAGAGAUUUUCGAGUAUAGUAAUUGUAGAAAAGCUUCUCUCUUGUGAUUUUUAGAGCUUAUGGGUUUAUGGUUGAAGAGGAAAAGUUUGAGUUUUGAAAAGGUUUGUGUGAGAAGAUGAGAUUGUUGGAGAUUGCUGCAAGUCUUCUCAUUUGUUCUAUUCACGGUUUUGCUUAAAAAAAGCAAACGACUUUGGAUUAGGAGAGGACUAAGUUAUUCUUUAGAGAUGGAUGAAUUAGAGGAUACCUCUUGGAUUAGGAGGACUAGGUUUUCUCAUACUGUUACUUAUCGUCUCAACUCCUCAAAGUUAUCCUCUUUCCCUCUUAUGAUAAACCAACAUAAGGUUUCUGAAUUUAAAACAAGGCCCCUGAUAUCAUCAUUAUCAUCAGAUCAGUUGAACACUAAGCAGGAUUCCAGUAAUGUAUGUGUUGUUGAUUCGGAAGUACAGACAAACCCUGUAACUAAUAAACAAAGAUCUGUGUCUCCUUCCCCUCAGAUGCCACUUCCUGAUGUUUUUAAGGAAGCUAGGUCUGAGAGUAAGAGAUUCUCUACUCCACAUCCGAGAAGAAUAGAAUCUGAAAAAGGAAUGAAGGUGAGGUUAUCUCAUAAAGACUCCUUUGAGAAGAGAAGAUCAUUCAACCUGCGGUCGUCCUCUUCAGUUCCCAUCAGAGAUCUAGGCACUCUGAGGAUUCAAGAGAGGGUGAAGAAGAGUAAGAAGGACACAGGAUGGUCUAAGCUUUUUGAUAACGGUGGUGGUCGUAGAGUGAGUGCUGCUGAAGCUUCUGAAGAGUACCGUAUCGAUACGUCGAAGCUGUUCUUGGGGCUUAGGUUUGCUCAUGGGCUGUAUAGCAGACUGCACCAUGGAAUUUAUGAAGACAAAGCUGUUGCUGUGAAGCUGAUCACUGUCCCUGAUGAUGACGAGGAUGGAUGCUUGGGUGCUCGUUUAGAGAAACAGUUUACCAAAGAAGUCACCCUUCUGUCCAGAUUGUCCCAUCCAAAUGUUAUUAAGUUUGUAGGAGCGUAUAAAGAUCCGCCUUCUUACUGUGUCCUCACGGAGUAUUUACCUGAAGGAUCUUUAAGAUCUUUUCUGCACAAGCCUGAGAAUAGGUCUCUUUCUUUGAAGAAGCUGAUAGAGUUUGCUCUGGAUAUUGCAAAAGGGAUGGAAUAUAUUCACUCACGACAUGUGAUUCAUCGAGAUCUUAAGCCGGAAAAUGUAUUGAUCGAUGAAGAUUUCCAGUUGAAGAUUGCUGACUUUGGCAUAGCGUGCGAAGAAGAGUACUGUGACAUGUUGGCUGAUGAUCCAGGGACUUAUAGGUGGAUGGCACCUGAAAUGAUAAAACGUAAACCACAUGGGAGAAAGGCUGAUGUGUAUAGCUUUGGACUCGUUUUAUGGGAAAUGGUAGCUGGAGCAAUCCCUUAUGAGGAGAUGAAUCCUAUUCAAGCUGCUUUCGCAGUUGUACACAAGAACAUUAGGCCUGUUGUUCCGGGAGAUUGUCCAGCAGCAAUGAAAGCACUUAUAGAGCAGUGCUGGUCGGUUGCACCGGAUAAGAGACCGGAGUUCUUGCAGAUAGUGAAAGUGCUUGAAGAGUUUGCGGAUUCACUGGAACGUGAUGGGUGCUUAAAUCUGGCUUCAAACAAGAUCUGCAAGGACCCAAGGAAAGGUCUGAAACAUUGGAUUCAGAAACUUGGACCGGUCCAGGGAGGAGGCAGCAGCAGCGUUCUUGGUAGCUCGUCCUUGCCUAAGCCUAAAUUCGCUUGA